AAGUCGUUGGACGGUGGCGCUGAACGCAUGGCGCGAAUAGAGCUCGCGAGGGGCGGGCGGGGGACUGCAGAGACUGCCGCCAAGGUCGCUCGCCCGAGCCUGCAGCCACGCGCGGUGCGGCGAGGCAGGUUUAGUGUGACAGCAGCUGCCGACGAGAUAAACGCGUCGGCGCCGCCACAGACAGCACCCCCCUCUCCGGCACUCGUGCUCGACAAACGCUCUCACGCUGGCUCCCAGUCCCAGGACGACCGGUGCACAAGGGGAGCGCGACGAAGGUUCGCGCUCGCCGCACCGCCGGCAACAACCACCGCGCGGUGCACCGCAGAAAGGGACCACCGGCAUGCAGUUCGUGUCCGUGGACGUGGGGACGCAGAGCGUCCGCGCCGCUCUCGUGAGCGAGAAAGGGCGCUUCCUGAAGACCGCGUCGCGACCGCUGGAGACGUGGAACCCGCAGCCUGAGUUUUACCAGCAGUCGUCGGACCAGAUAUGGAAGGCCUGCUGCGAAGCCGUCAAGGAGGUAUGCCGGGACGCCAAGGAUGUGCGCGGAAUCGGCUUCGACGCCACCUGCUCCCUCGUGCUUCUGGACGACGCCGGUCGACCACUCACCGUCAGCCUCAAAGGCGAACCGGAACAAAACGUAGUGCUGUGGAUGGACCACCGCGCCGUGUCGGAGGCCGAGGCCAUCAGUGCGACGGGACAUUCCGUGCUGCGGUUUGUCGGUGGAACGAUGUCCCCCGAGAUGCAGCCGCCAAAACUUCUCUGGCUUAAACAGAACCUGCCGUCCACGUGGGAGCGCCUGGGUCUCGCUUUGGACCUGCCUGACUUCCUGACGUGGCGCGCCACCGGCUGCGCGUCACGCUCCCUGUGUUCGGCAGUGUGCAAGUGGACCUACCAGGCGGGCUCGGCGCCAGGCUCGGACAUGGAGCCCGGAUGGCAGGAGUCCUUCUGGAUUCGUAUCGGCCUCGAAGACCUGACAAAAGACAGCUAUCGCAUCAUAGGACAGGAGUUCUGGCCUCCGGGUGCCCCUUGUGGCCGUGGCCUCAGUAUGGAAGCCGGCUUGCAGCUGGGCCUGAAGAAAGGCACACCCGUCGCCACUUCUAUCAUAGAUGCGCACGCCGGAGGCCUUGGUUUGCUUGGCUGCGAAGCUGAAGGGGAAUUCUGCAAGUCAUUCUCUCGCCGCCUGGCCAUCAUUGCCGGAACAUCCACUUGCCAUAUGCUGGCGAACGAGAACUGUAUCUUCACUCCAGGCGUGUGGGGCCCCUACUUCUCGGCCAUGGUUCCAGGCAUGUGGCUGAGCGAAGCCGGGCAGAGCGCUGCCGGAGCAUUGGUAGACCAUGUGAUUUCGACGCACCCUGCAUACCCGCUGGUACAGGCGAAAACGAAGCCAGGCCGGAGGCCAGAGGACACACUGAACGCUAUGCUGCUGACCAUGUGCGAGCAACGUGGCCUCGAUUCCCCGUCGCAGCUUGUGGCUGACCUGCACGUGUGGCCCGACUUCCAUGGGAACAGGUCGCCGGUCGCGGAUCCGAAUCUACGAGGCAUGAUAAGCGGACUGACGCUAUCGGCUGGUGAAGAAGACCUUGCGAAGCUUUACCUGGCUACUCUGCAGGCGCUGGCGUAUGGAACGCGCCACAUCAUGGACUCAUUGGCCGACACGGGUCACUCGGUUUCCAGUCUGCUCAUGUGUGGUGGAAUGGCCAAGAACCCCUUGUACGUGGAACUGCAUGCCGAUGCUACGGGAAUGCCGGUGCUGCUGCCUUCGGAGACCGAGUCGGUGCUGCUCGGCGGCGCCAUCCUGGCGGCCAGCGCGAGCGGUCGCUACAAGAGCGUCACGGAGGCCAUGCUCCGCAUGGGUGGCUCGGGCAAAGUACUGGCGCCGCGUGCCAGCGAGCGGCGGUUCCACGACGCCAAGUACACCGCCUUCCGCGCCCUCCUCGACUGCCAGUUACGUCUCAGGGAGAUCAUGUCGCCUAGUGGGAGACCAUCGUCCUCGUGCUCUUGACCUCAGUUCUCGCUCUUCUCUAUCACGAACUGGACACAGCGCUCCGAGUCCCCGUCUAAGGAAAGCGUAUCGACGCAGAGUGUCGACUGCCACCUAUUACUCGCUGAGGCAGGAACUCAGACAAGAAUACCUCUUGUGAUACUCGUUCGGACGGCAGAUAUUUCCAUGAUGGGCAUAUUCCGCCUUUAUUUCACAUUCCGAGUUACAAGUUAUCGACGAAACAUAAAUGAUAUUGACAGCGCAUGUAGCGUACAAGAACGCCUUUUUUAUCGUGGAGGUGCUCAUACCGCUCUCUCUUUUCGGGUAUUAGUAUCCAGCCACUCACAACUUAGUGUGGAAACCGUUGCGAUCUGAACGGCUGCCGCCCCUAGAGGUGUCCCUGAUGGCUCCGUUACAUACUUCCGUGUCAAAGUAAACAGGGCAAGCCUCACCAGCCAAGUCAUUGUGAUCAGCUUGCGGCUCCAUGUUCAUUUCCGUUCAUUCCGGCACAUGGGUAUGAUAUAGAUGAAAUAGUUUAUUAUAAAAACGGUACUUGCGUGUGAGCUGCAACCACUACAUCCCAUGUUAAACAAGGUACACAUAUGCGACUUCAAUUUCUUAAAUAACACGGGAAUGAAAAUUGGCAUUUGUGGCAUAUUGAUAUUUUGCGUGCAAUUCUUAUAUCACUCAGCUUACCUUCCUCGCUGUCUGCUGCACCAUGGUGCAAUGGGAGCAGGCCUGCUGACACGAGAGAAUACGUGUGUCUUGCGUUGGCUGUACGAAAUGACUUGCGAAUUGUAUUAUUUACGCGCAGCUAUACGUCGCGGAUUCGCUGUGCUGUAUACCGUGUGUUGCUUAAGAGAAAACUCAUCAGCGCCAAUCAUUAUUGGCAUGGCGACGCCUUGUAGUCGCAUCCUGGAAAGGGCGCUUCCGUUGCUUCUUCCUUGUUGGCGUGGUUUCAUUUUCAAUGCGCAAAAAAUAACGUGAGAUUGCUCACGCUCAUAAAACGCUUGCUUCAAUCAUACGACUGCGAUGACGGCUUUUCUAUUCAAAACAAUACGUCGCAGAAAGAUUUUUUUUAUUGAGCUGCUAUAAACCAAUCAGCUAGCUUUUGUACAGACGCAAACCAAUCAUGACCCUGUUACUAAAAGUAUUCGUUACUGCAAAGACAAUAUGUACUUUGACAUCAUUUACCAUGUAGAGAAAAAGCGCGGUGUAGAAAAACGCACUAAAAAUAUACCAAAUAUGGUAUGCGCGAGCUUCACAUUGUGAUCAAAUUGUGAAAUUAUUCACAUUAUAGUGCUGGCAAACGAAUAGUCUGCCAUGGGCUCAAUAAGCGUGCCACGCAAGCGUGGUAUAACUUAUCUGGACAAUUUCUGCGAAAAUGCUUUUUUCGUAAACAGUGAUCUCACUGAAUAUUAGGCAGUCCUGAGUCGGGCAUCUGCUGCAGCUCUGCUGACGCAGGCUGCCAACCAUUUCCAGUGGCAGCCUGCGUCCGCAAAGGUCCUGCGGACGCCCGCCUAAAGCUUUCUAUUUACAAACAAGAUAAAUGUUCUCGUACAUACGGCAGUGUAAACGAAUGACCCCGUGUAAAGAAUUGCGUGGUGAUAUUCAUUUUCUGCUGCUGCUGGCAAGCGGACCAAUCAUUUGAAAAGAAUAAAGUGCACUAUA